AUGGGCGUCAAGUCACCAUUCUUCGGCCAGCCGCAAUCAAAGCCGUCGCCCCGAUCAAAACGCGUGGGUGGUCUUGUAUCCACGAUCGCGUUCCCGCCCCUGUCAGCCCCGCGCUUUGGCCUGAUUCAGGAAGAGUUUGCUCAUGAACCUUUUUGGCUGCUUGUGGUUGUGACUUUCCUUGUCAAGACAGCCGGGACGCUGGCAAUCCCUGCGGUUUACAAGGUCAAGGAGCGCUUUCCAACACCAACCGCUUUGGCUGACGCAGAGGCGACUACUACGGUCGUGAGCAUGAUCCGCCACUUGGGUCUUUCGAUUGUGCGAACAGCGGCGAUACAGCGAUACGCCCGAUUGUGGCUUGGGAAGCCACCGAUAGCAGGCACCGUUUAUAGAGUGAAGAAUUACGACAAAAGAGAGGCGGAACUAGAAACACUGAGGCCCGGUGUUGAUGAGGUUUCUCUCGGGCUCACUGCCGAACGCAGCGGAGAAGCUGGCGAGGCGUGGGAGAUUGGCCACUUUACGCAAGGCAAAUACACGCUCGACAGCUGGCGCAUCUUCUGCCGUGACGAACUCUUGGGGCGGGCCGAGGACUGGAACGGUAAAGGCGCCGCCCCCAACUUCCAGCCCGAGUGGAUGAGAGUACGACCGGACGACAAGGAGCUCCGGGCGUGUCUACGGUGGAUGUGGAUGCGCGAAGGCUGGGAAUGGGAUCCCGUAACGGGCGAAAAGAAGGUUCUUCGGGACGAAAUGCGAAGAGCUGCGAACGAAGGGCGGGUGGGUUACGAUGAUACUGGCGGGUUGGUGAUUCUCGAGGAACCGCUGCCAGGGUCUAGUUGA